CUAUCUGGUGUCCACAGCUGUUUUCUCUCUCCCUUUUUUUCAUGAAGCAUUGGCUAUAAGAGCGUGUGUGUGUGUGUGUGUGUGUGUGUGUGAGAGCUCUGACAACAGUAGUAUUACAGUUGAGCAGAAGCAACAGCAGAGGGAGGAUGGUAAGACAUAUGUUCUCUAAUCUCCUGCUACUCUGGUCAAUCAGCCACGACCUUUAUAUAACUGGACUGACACAUGACGAGCCAAAGGUAGACUCAAAUAAGCAAGCCUGGAACAACCAGAACCUCCAUUCUGUCCCUCUGGAUUUGGAUGUAAGGCUGAGGAGGCUCGACCUGUCCAAUAACUUCAUCAGACAGCUGCACAAACUUGCAUUGCCAUACUUGGAGCAACUGGACCUGAGCUCCAACCAGCUGGAUCUCAUCUCCGAGGGCGCUUUUGAAGACCUGGCUCGACUUGAGGAGUUGAAUUUGUCGAGAAAUGCGCUGAACAACGACGUUGGCAGUAACAGCAAAGCCCUCAGAUCCAUCAGUAGACUGAAGAGUUUGGACAUAUCGAUGAACGGCUUGAGUGAGGAUGCAGUGGAGCUGUAUCUCCGAAACAAAUCGUCUCUUGAUCAACUUAAGAUGACUGGUAAUGCUUUAACAAGACUUUCACACAACUUGUUCAAAGAGAGUAAAGAUUUGAGGGCCAUCACUAUUGAUAACAAUCAGAUAUCGGUGAUCGAACGGGGGACAUUUGAACCGUUGAGCCACUUAGAGAUGCUACAUUUGGCCAGAAACAACCUUGCGCAUAUCUGUGAUUUUGAAUUACAUCAAGUCAAGUAUCUGAAUCUCAGUCGAAAUUCAGUUGAGUUCUUUGUUACGCGUGAGGAUGACCAGUUGUACAGGCUGGAAAUUCUUGAUCUGAGUCACAACAAACUCCUUUAUUUCCCAAUUGUUCCAAAAAUGAACAGUUUGAAGUAUCUGCAUUUACAGAAUAAUUUGGUUGGUGCCUUAAAUUCUGAGGCUACAAUGGUAUCAGAGGCCAAUGAUCUUUAUAGUGAGAUUAUGAGUGAGAAAACAGUUAGAAAAAAUCACCUACACUCAAACUGGAGGCUGAUGCCACUGAUAUAUAUCGAUCUGAGCUAUAACCACUUCAGGUCUUUCCCACUGGAGACUUUGAGCCGUCUGACAUCAUUAGAAACUCUGAAUUUUAGUUUCAACUGUUUGCAAAACAUCACCUGGAAUAUAAGAAAUGAUGAUGUUUCAGGAUUCCGUCGGCAGCUUUUCUUUCCCUCCUUAAAGUACCUUAACCUGCAGAGUAACGGACUUGCAUACAUUUCUCCACUUUUUCUCAAUGCGCUCACACAAAUAGAAACGUUGAAUCUACAAGACAAUUCUGUGCAGCCUUGUGCCUCUAUUGACCAAUCAACACAGGAGAUAGAUCUCAGCCGCUCCUGUGUUGUCAUUGGCCAGCUAAGGACUCUUAAACACCUCAAUCUUAAAGAAAACAACAUCAAAAUGCUUCACCCAAACACUUUUUUAAAGACCUCUUUGGUUUCUCUGAACCUUGCAGGAAAUUCACAUAUGGUAGUGCGACGGGAUGCAUUCGAGGGUGUGCAAACGACUCUUCAGUCCUUGAUCAUCAGUGAAAUAAACAUGACCAGCUCUGAUCUGUCUUUACCCUGCAUGCCAGCGUUAGCUCAGCUGAACAUAUCCAACAACCACCUCGAUGUGAUACCCAGCAGUUUGAGCUGCUCUCCUCUGAGAGAAAUGGACAUAAGAAAUAAUCAUUUUGUGUCUUUAAACAAUUCUUUGAUCCUCGCUUUAUCGAAGCGCCUUAAUCUUAUGUACAUAAGUGGAAAUAAUUUCAACUGUUGUGACAGUAGAUGGCUGAUAAUCGUACAUGAGCUGAAGAUGAAACUGCCUGAUGUCAAUGACACUGUCUGCUUCACAAGUGAUACAAACAUUGCGAUGACAGAGUAUCUGAAAAGGCCUUCAGGGUAUUGUUUGUUUCAUACAAAAGCACAGGAAGUUCAAUUUGGAACAAUGGUCAUCAUUGUUUUUUUUGUAACUGUAAUAUCAACGGUGCUCGUCAUACUCACCAGGAAGGUGUGUUGCACAGAGAUCAUUAAUAGUGUGAUACGUUAAAUCUGUGGUCAUUGGUUUAUUUUGGACAUGGUUCUAUCUACGCACAUGGGUUACAUUAAGUAAGAAACUCAAAUACAACAGUGAGAAACUGGAUAGCAAAAUAAAGUAACUGAAAUCC